UCGUGCACCCUUUUCGUUCCUUCUGACGCGCUGAAGCUCGGUAUCGUGUGUAAACCGUGUAUAAUCCAACGCGAAAACUUUCAACGCCAGCUUACUACAGUAGAAUCCCGUUAUAUUGCCGUGUCGGCAAAUUUUUCGAAUUGCUAAUACAUCGAGUUGGCCAGAUUUAGCUUCGUUAUUCCUUGGAGGAAGAGUUCGCCUACGAAUUGCACGCGACAUAGGACGUUGGUAUUUCGUCGCUUAGAAACAAACGCUUUGGGACGCUAUACGCUGUUGUAUUUUGGGAGGUUUUGUGUGGUGCCGCGAGUGCUGCGUAGGCGUACUAUAAAUGGGUUCUAUGUCAAUCGUCGGUCUAAUUUAACGUUUGUAUCCGUAGUAAUGUUAUAGACUUCGCUUUACAAUGAAUCAUAAUACUCAAGUUAGGGACGAAGAAUGUUUCUGCUGUAUUUUCGCAAUGUUUAGAAUUACAAAUUUUUCAAUAGCGACAAAACUCUUAAAAAAUUACACUAUCCCUCAAUCUGAUUUUUUUCUGAUAUCCUGUGCCAGUUUAAUUUCCCAUGACGUUCGAAAGGUUUCCAACGCUUCCUCUGAUUCCCCAAAAGCAGCGACGGAAGUACAUCGAAAAGCCUCGAGCGGAGCUGGUCGAAAAAGCGGAUCGCUUUCACCAGCUCAACACCGUCACGCUUAAUGCUCAAUAAACGAGUGCAGAUGAUCAGCAUACGGCUUCUUCCACACGACGGUGGUCACAGAUACUCCCACACGCGUGAUCGUGUGUUAUACACCGUGUAGACUCGAAUGGAUGAUCCUCGUUCCGCUAGUGUGGCUCACGCACGCACGCCGCGCGUACGCUUUGUCACGCGUGCGGUUUUCUGCUCUGUCUGUCUGCGUGUGCUCGUCUCUCGUCUCUCACCUAAGUUUAUUGUUAGAGGGGCCGGCUAGCCACGGACAGGGCAUCAGGAUUUAGUGCUUCUUACACGCCCAUGCCGGUACCACGCGCCUCCGCGAGCUUAUUUCGAUCGUUUCUCGAUCGAUCCUCGCGAUUCCGAGCGUUAUCGAGUGUGCCACGCGGCUUCGGAGUUCAAACUGGUUAACGCUGAUUGGCAGUGAUCGAUGAGUGCGAUUGAUUUUGUGGAUUUUUUUAUGGCUGCGAGAGACUUUGAAGAAGUGUUCCAUAGUGUGAUCGUUCAUACGUGACCUAGCUGUGUUGCUGUGUUGCAAAAUCUCUCCAAGUUCGAAUUAAAAUUAAUCCUGAAGGAAACUCGGAUUUCAAUUUACGUUUUCGCUUCGCUUCUAUGACCACGAUAGAGACGAAGAAAAUGUGAGCUGACACUCACUCGAUUUACGUUUCUACCGAAGCUGUCGCUGGUAUCGACCCUCGAUCUCGUCGAGAUGUACCUCGCCGACCGUCAGCUUAACCCUGCCACGUUAUUAAGAGAUAAAAAUGCAGUUAAAAACUAUUAUCCCGGAAAUAGUUACGUGUCGUCCUAAAGGACCUUUCACCGAGGAACCGAAUUCUAUGGCUUAUAUCCGAAAGCUUUUGCCCAAACUCCUUAGGUAAAUGAGCUCUUAUCGCUCGUUUUUUUUUCGCACGGAUCAUACUAAAACUUCACGCGUUAACGGACAUCUACCAACGGACAGUAGACGUUGCAGCGUCUUAUCAGCCAUUUCUUAUCACGAGCCAUUUCACUGUCCUCAGUAAACCGAUGUGAUCUCCGUACAAGGAAAAGUUCACGACACCAUAGAGUGUCAGAGUUCAAUGUGGAUGGGGUGCCAGAACUUUCAACGUGCGUAAGAAUCUCGCGAAGAUUUCACAUAGGAGUUUUCGGGAGUGGAUUUUUGACGCGUGUGAAAUUCGUGAGAAGACUUGACAGUGUACUGAUCAGCUGAUGUAUAGCUCUAGUGCAUAGAAGUUUGGGGUACGAAUCCUAGAGCACGGAUUAUUAAUAUGCAGAGUUCCAACGUGUAGGCUUUUGGCGAGUGCAGAGUUCCUACGUGUGGAAUUCCAGCGCAUGGAGCACCAACUCGAAGAUUAUCAGCACCCAGAAUUUCGACGCGUUGACUCCUCCUGCUUCCACAUAAAAUUUCAGCACGUAUAGAAUUGUGGAGUGGAUUUCCAGAGUCUAUAAAAUCGGUGAGCGGACUUGCAGCGUAUGAGGAGCCUGCAGCAAGGAUACCAGCGUCCGUGGAACUGGCAGGAGUGGAAUGUUAGUGCUCGGGGGUUUCGGUGUUGCAUGGUUACGAAAUCCCGCGUUACACGCGAACAGGCGGCGAAACGGAAGAAAGGAAGGAAGGAAGCCGCCCGAGGAAGCAUUAUUAAAGUACCCUGGCUCUAAACUGGCGGUGAGGUUCGCGUUUACGUGGCCAGAGCGAAAAGUAUGCGGCACCAAGCACGAUGAAGAGGCCAAGAAUCGGUGGCUCAGCGAGCGGGAAAAAGCUGGACUUGCGCCAAGAACCGCGUCACGCUUGGGCAGUGUUGCUGAUGUAUUUGGGCAUCUGCACCUUGCUGCCUGUCACGAUCUUUGCUGCUCCAGUGCAACUUCGUGAAAUAUCGAAGGAGAACAACGAACGUCGACCAAACGAUGCCAAUAACGAUGCAGUCGAGGGCGAUUUGCCGGUUUUUGAGCCGACAGCGGCUAACGUCAGCGCAUUCGUCGGACAGACCGUCUAUCUACCGUGCCGUGUACGAAAUUUGGGAGAUAAAGUGGUGUCCUGGAUGAGGAGCAAGGAUCUCCACAUCCUCACGUCGGGAACCACUUUGUUCAGCUCGGACACGAGGUUCGGGCCUCAGCACACACCAGGAAGCGACGCCUGGACCCUCAGGCUGGACAAUGCUAGGAAGGCAGACUCUGGCAAGUAUGAAUGUCAGGUGAAUGCCGAGCCGAAAAUGAUGUAUGUUGUUCAGCUGUCCGUUAGAGAUCCUGACAAACCGGAAGGUUACGACGAACCCCAUUCCCAGCAGACUCGAAUAAGUUACGAAAGCACCGCUCCAGUGGCGUCCAUAAUGGGUCCUCGGGAGCAGAGGGUGCCAUCAGGGUCGACGAUCACCUUGAGGUGCGUCAUAUUGUCUCCGUAUCAGACUCGACCCAUCAGGGGCGUACAAUGGCUCCGGGACAACAAACUACUAACAUUCCAGGCAGCACGAGGCGGAAUAAACGUAGAAACUGAAAGAGGCGCGGCUCGCACGGUCUCCGAAUUGACAUUGGCGACAGUCACGCAGAACGACGUCGGAAACUAUUCCUGCAGACCGACGGAGGGACGAACGGACACUGUAACGCUGAUCGUUGAACCAGGAGAACGCACGGAAGCCAUGCAACGUGACGCCGGAUACGUCUCUUCCGGAUGUAACGUCAGGCACUGGGCCGGACUUCUACUUCCGUUCCCGUGGUUUCUAAUACUCGCGCGAAACAGCCAAACUUUCCUGCAAUAGCGAACCAACCCGACAGUAUUUCACGCUUGCCUCUUCUGCCCUGAUGCCCUCGUUCCGCUUCGAGGAGAGUACAACCAUUGACCAACGGCUAGAUUGUAAGCUAGAUAUAUCGUAGAAAUUAUCGAUAAGAGGAUCAUCGAAUAUCGGGACCAUUUCAAUUGUACGCCGAAUUUUUGCGAUCGAAUUCUGUCAGACAGGAUUAGCGCAGCUAAUCAGAUUGGUUCGUCAAAUUUUAUCCGUUAAUUCUUUAACGGGUAAAAAUUUGAUACGGAAAUUUAAACAUCGAGGAGGAAUCAUUUGCUUCGAGAGAAGCAAAUUGAUGCGUCUUGUAAUUCUGUCAUGAGCAUUUCAUGGAGAGAAUGGUUUACGAAGCGAGUAAAAAUGUAAUCGAGAGGCAACUCAUCGGAAAAGCGAACCGUCUGUUAAAUUUAUUUUUUACGUAAAUAAUUCAGUAAGUGAGCCGCAAUGCUACACUUGAUCUCAAUGCGUUGAAACGUCUUUCUCGCUUCGCCCUUGCUUCUUUGAGCGUCGCUCUUGAACUCAAUGGGAUUAAAGUGGCCGAGUAACGUCAAAGGAUGUGAAAGUAAUUUGAUAUCCUGUAUCUUAGCAAGGUAGAUGCUUCUCUGAUGCCGAGGAACGAUAUUAAUCCAAAUUUUUAAUUCAUAAUUUCACUCGUCGAGCUUGAUGAAACGCUCGCGUCGUCGAUCCUGUCAUAAGAUUGUACAUAAUUAACGAAGAAUUUUUAAGUAACCUCGACGGAUCUAGGCUAGUAUUUAUGAACGAACGCACAAUUACCUUCAGCCAAGUAAUCAUACAAAAAAAUGACUGAUACCGUUUUUAUUUAUCGCAAUCAUUUUAUGUCUAACAAUAUUUAAUUCUCCUUUCUAUCAGCCAUUUUUAGUAUGUGAUUUUAUACCAAUUAUUUCAAGUGACGUAAGUAGGAAAAACUUGUUGUAUUUAUUCGUACCAUAAUUUAAGUACGACUUCAAAGCGCGACCGACCACGAAUUUAUCUUCCAA